AUGACAAGUUCUUUAAAGGUAUUGAAUUCAUUGAAGAUGUUGCGAUUUCUUGUUGGUUGGUGGAUUUGUGUGUUUGUGCUGUUAAAUUCAGGAGCUGCUAAUGGUCAAUAUUAUCGAACUGUUGGAGACAAAAUUCUUCCAUACAACAAAAUUAUUGUGGAUUCUUUGGGACAUGGCAACUUCUUUACAAUUCAAUCUGCCAUUGAUUCAAUCCCUUCCAACAAUAAGUAUUGGAUUUUAAUCAAUGUGAAAGCUGGUAUUUACAGGGAGAAAGUGACGAUUCCAAUUGAUAAACCAUACAUAAUAUUGAAGGGAAGUGGAAAGAUGAAAACGUGGGUUGAAUGGGAUGACCAUAAUACAACUGCUCAGAGCCCCACCUUCCAAUCCAAUGCAGAUAAUAUCGUCGUCAAAUCCAUCUCUUUUAGGAAUACAUACAACAAUCCCAUAAAUACGAACCCUAGAGUUCCUGCAGUAGCUGCAAUGAUAAGCGGAGAUAAAUCUUAUUUUUAUAGAGUUGGAUUCUUUGGCUUGCAAGAUACUUUGUGGGAUAAUUAUGGAAAACAUUAUUAUAAACUUUGUACUAUUCAAAGGGCCGUUGAUUUUAUUUUCGGUGCUGGCCAGUCAUUAUUUGAGAGGUGUGGCAUAAAUGUGAUUGGAAGGGCAUUAGAAGAAGGUUUUAUAGGAUAUAUAACAGCACAAGGGAGAGAAAAUCCAAAAGAUUCAAAUGGAUUUGUGUUCAAAAAUUGUAAUGUCUUUGGAGAUGGUUCUACUUUUUUGGGAAGACCUUGGAGACCUUACGCCAGCGUUCUUUUCUACAAUACAAGUAUGGCCAACAUUAUUCAACCUGCUGGUUGGGAUCCAUGGGAUUCCUCUCAAUAUGAGAAUAAUAUUAUGUUUGCAGAGUAUGACAAUUUUGGACCAGGUUCUGAUACCUCCAACCGAGUAAAUUGGAUUACAAAAUUGGAUUUAGAGACGGUUAAUACGAUGACAAAUAUAACUUUCAUAGACUCUGAAGGAUGGGUUCAGAAGAGCCAACGAUUUUAA